CCGUGCGGACGGUCACGGGGAACGCCUUUCCUCUCCAAUCAACCUUUCCAGAGAGCAGCUUCUGUGAGCUCAGAGCUGGAGGGUGGUGCCGAGCGCACAGCAAGCCGACUUUCGCUGCUGGCGAGGGAGGAACGCCACUUUUCCGGACUCCUUUGUCCUCCUCCCCUUUCCUUCAUGCUCUUCAAUGUUUCCAAGGAUUGCUAGAUUGCUUUGGGGUUUUCCUUUGCUUAUGAGGAGUUGACUGCGGCGGGUGAGAAUCUUUUGGGAAGGCGAAACAAGCAUCGGACUCUGUAAGCAGGCACCAAAUCCACGGGAAAGGAAAACUUCGCGCCCUGGUUCAUCAAGGUCAGCACUAUGACUGAUGGGGACUAUGACUAUCUGAUCAAACUCCUUGCCCUCGGGGAUUCUGGGGUUGGGAAGACCACGUUCCUCUACAGAUACACCGACAACAAGUUCAACCCCAAAUUCAUCACCACAGUAGGAAUUGACUUCCGGGAAAAGCGGGUGGUAUACAACAGCCGAGGAUCAAAUGGCUCUCCUGGAAAAGCCUUUAAGGUCCAUCUUCAGCUCUGGGACACAGCUGGGCAAGAAAGAUUCAGAAGUCUCACAACAGCAUUUUUCAGAGAUGCCAUGGGCUUCUUGUUAAUGUUUGAUCUCACCAGUCAACAGAGCUUCUUAAAUGUCAGAAACUGGAUGAGCCAACUGCAAGCAAACGCGUAUUGUGAGAACCCGGACAUUGUAUUAAUUGGAAAUAAAGCUGACCUGUCAGAUCAGAGAGAGGUCAAUGAGAGACAAGCGAAAGAUCUAGCAGACAAAUACGGCAUCCCAUACUUUGAAACGAGUGCAGCUACCGGCCAGAAUGUGGAAAAAGCUGUGGAAACGCUCUUGGACUUGAUAAUGAAACGUAUGGAACAGUGUGUUGACAAGAGUCAAGUCUCAGACACAGCCAACGGAGGAAGUUCAGGGAAGCUGGCAUCAGCAAAAUCAGAAGAGAAGAAAUGUGCAUGUUGAUUUAGCUCCUCAGACAGAGGGGAAUGAACAAGAAGUUGUCCUAUCCGAAAAUAGCAGGCCCAACCAACCACCAAAUUCAACCCUGGAAGCUCUUAUGGGACAGCUGUUGUUGUCUUAAGCAAGGCUGAUUAUUUCUGAUGCUGAGAGAGUCAUGCUUCCAUGCUUGCCACAGAUGUUAUCUGUACAAUGUCAUCUUCAUAGAAAACCCAAAGGCCCUCAUUCUUCUCAAUACAACCAGGCCAGUAAAUAGAGGAAAGCCUUGCUUAUAUUGGGGAGAGAGUUGUUGAAAUGUUAUAUGAUAAGACAGUGAAUCACCCUUGUAGGCCCAUGCAAUCACUUCUAGUCCUGUUGCCUUCUAUUACAAUAUACAUUAUGCAUUUGCUACAGACGGUUUAUAAAAAGCAAAUGGAUAUUAAUGUAGCUUAUUAUAAAUGUCUUUGUAUUUUUAUUUUUUUGUUAAUACCAAGCAGUCAUUGCUGUUACAUUCAGCUGACUGAUGUCCCUGAUGAGCUCAGAAUAUUGCAUCCUCUUCCAGGAUAAAACUGAGGACCUGUGUAACAUUGGAACUGAUGGCCAAGUGGAAUUGGAGGGGUGUGGGCUAAAAGAGGAAGGGGAUGUCCAGGAAUUCUAGCACAGUGGUGGGAAGGAGCAGGUGCAUACUGCAGUGAAGCUUUUUCCCUCUAAACCAAAGGUAUUGUCCAUGCUUCAGACACCAAGGCCAAUCGUUGUCUCCCAAGAACAUGGGCAGCAGAAUGACAAACGCUUUCUCUGGUGACUUUGUAACUGCUUUAAAGGAGUCUCUUUCCUCAGGUAAAGAGAAGACAGGUCCAUAUGAAUGCAGUUAGCUUUUCUAAUUAAUCCUCUUCCCUCAAUGCAUUAAUUUUUUUAUUUUUGUUUUACAAGUGGGCCACCUAAUAAAUGUAAAACUGUUGAAUGUUGAUUUGAAGAAUGGAGCACCACAAAAGCAAAACCUUGAUUAAAUAUAUAAUAUAUGGCUGGCACUUGGAAGCAUUUUAAAAUUGGCAAGGUAGACUUAGGAACAGAGCAUCAAAGGGUGAUUCUGUUACUGUAGCUCUGCUGCCAACUGUUGAGUGGUGCCAAAUUGUUCUUUAAAGCCAAACGUUGUGGUGGGGCUGUGAUGUAUUAAAACGUAUCUUUUGAAAUAAAAAAAAAAUCAGCUGUGUACCAUUCCUACAUGGUGCCACGUUAGAACAAAGUAUAUACUGGUAAAGUCCUAGAGCAAUAUGGCUGCUCCAGCUUUGGCCCUGAAGCCAGCAAGAUCCCACUGGGAAAACUGGAGAAGAGACUUUAAGCACCACGUGGUCUUUGCUUUAUGGGCCAAACUAUUGUCCCAUAGUUUUAUUUGGGAUUCAUGCAGACGUGAUCUUGUGCAGCACAAGGGCAAGAGGGUAUCUGGGCAGCCCAGUUAAUGUACAAAGCUGAAACUGCAACAACAUGGAGAGUUGGAAGAUGACGUUAAGAAGAAAUGAUACAGAGGAGUUAGGCUUGCUUGCCGAAAAUCAUACUUCAUAGAUGGAGAAUUCUGAGGUGCCCGCUCUGAGAUCCUCCCCCUCCAUCCCUUGCUUAUUAAGAUGGCUCAGUUGAUGAAAUCAACUGCAGAGCCCCCAAAUCCUGAAGCCAGCCCUAGAGGGCAACAUGAGCAUAUGGUAGUCUGUAGGAAAGAGCUGUUGCACUAACAAGUUCCUCAAGGAAGGAGGAAGAGGUGUGUGCUUGGAAAACUGCAGCUGCUAGAAUGCUGCAUGUGGGAGAUUCUUCCUGACCUGCAGCAAGCAAUUGACAGGAUGUCUCUCAGAAAGAAAGAAAAACCCCAGUGGUAUUUUUAACUGGUAAAACAGCUCAUAAAACCUUGGUAGCUAUGCUUUUGGAAUUUUAUAUUUUUGCAUGCUAUUUUUUGGUGAAACAAAGGUGAAACUACAUACCACAUCCCUGGUGCAUGGGCUGUUAACGGUUCAGUGCAAGAGCAGAUUUUCCUCCCUUUCCAUCUCAUAACCAACUGCUUUUUUUUUUCCUUCUGAGGACCAUUAGCGAGACUUCUCAAGCACCCUGUCUUAGGAAGCCCAGCUUUCCUCCUUUUUUUUCAUGCUGCAUUUACUGUAAAGUCCCUGCAAAAUUUCGAGAUGUCUUAUUCGAGAGGAACCCCUCUGUACUUUUAAUAGCUGCAUGUUGGGGUGAUUUUGGCAAGCAUGGUUUCCUGUUAAGGACUAGGGUCCAGCAUUCCUAUUUUUCCUCUUAUAGUGGGGUGGAAAACCUGUAGACCUCCACAUAUGAUAGCUGGAGAUCCAUGGGUUCCCCAUUUCUGGACAUCAGGGUACUAAAAACUGCCGAAUCCCAAGUGAAGUCUGUUGUGUUUGGCAUAAUAAGAGUCUAUAUGAGGUUUUCAGUAGUGUCUGUGCUGAUUUCAUUCCAUAGCACAUCACUCAUCUUUGGUGACACCUUCCUGGUGAUCCCACCUCCACCUCCACCUCCCAUCAGAGCUGGAAAUGAGGAGGAGCAGGAAGUGUCAGAAUGACACCAGGUACCUUUAUGUAGGAAACUUACCUUGCCCUCACAGUUCUUACAUAGGCUGCUUGACAAAAUGAGCCUAUGUACAACAGAAUACUUAAAAAAGACCAUCUGUGGUUCAUUGAGCAACAAUUGCCAGGGGCAUAAAAAAGUUGGUAUGAAAAUAAAGAGUUAAUUCCAGGCUUCCUUCUCCCCUUUUGAAAAAUGUUGAAUAAAACGAUGGAGUCUCUUGGAAUGAGUGCAGUGAAAUGUAGCUUCAUUUGGUGUGUGCUGGCGUGGGAGACAUCACUUUUCACUGUCCCCUGUAGCGUCCAAGAGGAACGCUACAACUCCUCAGGCGCUUUUGAGGUGCUUUCUUUGAGUGCUUUCAAAUAAUUGGCCGUAGCAUUCCCCAAUCACCUCUGCAAUAUGGCUCCACAAGCUUGAUGAGUUGUUCAUACUUAAUAGAUGAGGAGAGAAUUAACUCUGUCCUGGUGUCCCGGGAAUAUCCAUUUGCCAACUGUAACAGCAUGGAGGAGUUUAUCAAUGUGGCUCAGUGUGGCGGUCCUUUAAGGAUAAGUCCUUGGAGGAAGGGAAGUGCAUCCAAUUGGAUUCAUGUGAGAAAAUGGAGUGUUAUGGAGUGGUAACAGACAUGUGGUGCACCUAAAAAUGGGUAUUCGAUCAACACUUUCUGGGGAAAGCCCAUUCUCUCCAAAUGUGUGUUUGUAAAUUUGUCUUAAGGCCUUUGUCUUAGAUCUACCAACACACUGACUGCUGAGUUCACACCAACACUUAAAGCUGGUGUGGUAUUGCUAAAGCAGGGGAUAAAGAACCUCUGGAUGUUGUGGCUAUAUACCUCUCCCCCACUGCCACCAGCAUGACCAUUAGUCUGGGAUAAUGGGAGUUGGACUCUCAACAACAUCUGGAGGGGGGCAGGUUCCCGUCAUUUGUGCCAGAGCUGUAAUCUGAAGUCUCCUUUUCCUAGAAAGCAAAUGGUAGUCUACUGUGAAACUGAAUGAAAAGUAGAACCCAAUUUUUUUCUUGUUAAUCUCCUCGCGACUCUGCAUUAGGAUCGGGUACUUUUGUGGGCCAGAUGUGGAACCUUCUGGAGCUUUUUUCAGGAGCAUGUCUUGCAUGGUUCUGUCUGCCUCCCCUUAGACAUUUUUUUCUUUAUCUCAUUCCAGCACUUAUGUUGGGAAAUGUCAAACCAGGUAAGACAUAAUAUUGAGUCAAGCUGUGUGUACAACAGUUAUAGAAGCGAAGUAAGAUAAGUCAAGCUUUCACAGGAAGGGACAAAAAUGGGUGGGAUGUGGGUAGGGCCCUGCUAUCAUGUUGCAAGCGAGUGUGUGUGUGUUCUGCAAGAAACACAUUUUAAUUUUGACUCUGCUGUACUAUGACCUGCCUUCUCAUUUCAUAUCAUCUAUAUAAGACAAGGCCUGUACUUGGGUGGGGAGAUUAGGUAGUCCCAAGUAGUACAGACAUUCUUGCACUUUAAAAACAAAAGAAAACCGAAACAUUCCUCUCUCCACUCGUUCAGAGAAAGGCAAGUUGCAUCACUUAUGUUCUACCCUUAUUUUCAGAACACCAAUUUACAUAGAUUCUUUAUGAAGCAUCUCCUAUAACUGCCUGUCCUCCCUGCACAAUAGGGCUUUCAGUGUAAAUAAUUCGAGGUACUUUGCCUGAGCAUAUUUAUUGAAAUGAUCCUUUUCAGAUUUUGUAUCCUUUGCCUUCCUGACUUAACACUAGCAACCUUCUAAUUGAUCAAUUGCUUUUUUUAAAAUUAAAAAAAAAAUGUUUUCUCUGUUAGAUUAUUCUGAGCAUGUUUUACGUUGGUCUAUUCGGCAGGUCUGUACAUGUUAAAAGAUUUACAUUCUUGAACGUGGACGUUUUGUAUUGUAUGUCUCUCAAUAGACUGCGAUGCCAGCAUAACAAUGUCAGUCAUUACUUUGUUGUACCAAAGUACCUGUGGCUUUAAAACUAAAUAUCUAUAAAUAUAUAUAUAUAUUAUAUACA